AUGGAGUAUGAGGAUCAAGUGGCAAUGGAAAAACUGUUGUCCAGAAGUGAUGCAACAAAUAAGCGAUUUGAUUUUCCGACGAAAAGCCUGAAGAACUUCCCCAUGCCUGCGGGUCAAAAUUAUUUAAAUCUUGUUGCUUUGGACAUGCUAGGCCAGCCACGGGAACUCAAGAUCUCUGUUCGCAAAGAGGGAAUACAUAAGAAACCUUGGAUGUCUGGCCGAUGGCGGCGGUAUGUUCUAGAGAAGGGGCUGAAGAAAGGAGAUAGAGUUAAGUUGACUAUGCAAGUGCGAGAGAACGGUGUCAGGAGUUAUCGUAUCAAAGCUGAAAGAAACCUGACGAUGGGCAUAUGGAUUCCAAUCGAAGAGUACUGGCAAGCAAGAAAUGGAAAAGAUUAA